CAACAGGUUGGAGAGGGUCCUUUCUAAGUGACUCUGAUCUAAAACUCUUCCAGGCAGCUCAGCUGGUCUCUGCUUCUCCCAGGCAGAUGUUCUGGUCUUAGAAUUUUCUUUGCAGCCUGGCUUCUCUCAGAGUGACUCUUCAGCAGUCUUUUAUUGAUUACUCUGGCAGGGAGGGGGCCUAGUAAACCUGGUCAGUUUCAGGGACUUCCUGAAGUUAUUUUGAGUUGUUUACCUCCCUGCUUAAAGAGCUUCCCUUCAGUUUGUAAGGUUUCAAUCUUGGCAGAAACUGUUAUAUAACAAAGAUCAAGUCCCUAGAGAUAGGUCAAGUCCCUAGAGAUUGGACAGCCCUUGUGCUUGGGUGUUGACCCCCAUCCCCCAUCUUACAGGCAACAAGGUGGGAGACAGGACCUUCUGGGGAGGCUCUUCUGAGCAGAGACGUCUAUAGCAGAUCUGACUAAUUCCCCAGGGUAGUGUGGUCAUUCCCUGUUAUGAUUCUGCUUCCUCAUGUCCUGGCUUGGGCUAGCAUGCCCCAGUCGGGUAUAAUCCUAGCUGGCUCUCUCUUCAGAGGUACGUUCCACCUCUUGUAGCCUGUUUGAAAAAUCUAGAAGGUCUACAUGUUUUCCAGACAUCUAAAAAUACUUGAUGCUGUCCUGCAGUCCAUUCAUAGAGGCCAUUGAUCUCUUGCAAACGUCAUCAAGGAACAUAGGAAUGGGGUCUGCUCCAGGUCUACCUAUGGGAGCAGAUGAGUCCAGGCAGGGCUGACUCUAGGCCAGGGCAGUUAAGGUAGUUGCUACAGUCAAGAGGAACACACACAUGACUGUAACAGUAGACCUGGGCCCCCAGGUGGCAGGGCUCACUCUCCACAUCCUCCUGCCUUGUCCCCACAGCAAUUUCGCACCCCGUCAUGGGUACACUGCCUACUUCACUAAGGGUUUCAUCCCUGCAGACCUGCCCUAGGGACACCCAGUUAGAAGGCCUCUUCUCCCUCAGCCUUGAGAAAGUGGUAGAUGGAGAAGCCGGCACCAGGUCUGUCCAGGGCUCUGGGACUCAACUCUAGGGUCUGUGCCAAAAUGUCCUGGCUAUGAGGGAGUGCCUAGGAGCUGGUGUGGUACAGGUAGCCUCCCUUCACAAUCAGGCAGUCUGUCCUUGGAGUGCUGUCUUCAGGAAUUUGUAUCCCCUUCCCUACAUCAGGCCCUUUAGUAACAGUCUCAGGGAUGACAUAUAGCUCAGAGGUGGAGGCUCACCCAACAUACACAAGCCCUGUGAACCAUCUCCGGCAUCGUUAAGGAAAAGAAAAGUCAAGUCUUGGAUAUUUUUCAUGCUGCUGUAGUCUUCUGUUCUCUGGGGACUCUUGGGAAGAAAAGCCCCAAGUCUCCAGGGUUCCUAAUCUUGUCCACACCUUCCCUUCCCAGCCAACAGGAAAGAGAUGAGACAGCAGAGGGCCUCUGAGGCGCUCACAGUCCUCCGGGUGGGGUGUGGUCCCUGGUAUCCAAGGUUAUCCUGCUUAGAGCUGGGAUCUGAGUCCUUUGUCUUUUGAACUGUGCUGAGCACAGGGCUUACCAACCACAGGACCCCUAUCCUUCCCGCCAUUUUGACUUCCAGAAGUCUCUGUUGAAUGUGUGCUCCCUAGAAUGUCAGGGACAGCUGGAUGCUGCCUAGAGCGACAUGUAAGGGCUGCCACCUCAGGCUGCCACUCAGUGACACGGGGUUAUUAUGCUGUCAUGGGCCACCUGGAAUUCUCUCCCACCCCAUGAGAAGCAGCCCAUCAGGAAGUCCCACAGCCAUUGUCUACUCAGGGCUAAUACUCGUGGUCCCGACCCAUCUUCAAUGACUGUCCUGAGGGGCAGAGGACCCCUACAGUACUCAGAGCAAGGCAGUAGCUAGUUCAUGAUGGGUGCUGGGUGGUAGACCUACAGGCUGCCAUGUGACUGUAGUGUUAGACCCGGGCCCCCAGGUGGUGUGGCUCGACAUCCAUACCCUCCUGCCUCGGCUGCAAUGCCAACCCCGGCCAUGGGUGUGCUGCCCACCUCCCGAAGGGUAACCCUGCAGACCUGCCCCAGGGACAACCAGCAAGAAGGUCUCUACUCCCUCAAGGCCUCGGGGAGAAUGGCCAAUCAGAAGGCCAGCGCCGACCCCAGGGAAGAAGUGUUCCGUCCACAUGAAGCCAAGGACAGCCUUCUGGCCACAUUGAGGUGGCCUAUGCUUUCUCAGAAGCUGGGUACUCUUUGGACAGUUCCCCAUGUGACCUGGCCUGACUAUUUCAAGGAGCCAGGCCCCUCCAUGAAGGCCUGCAGCCUGCCCAUGUGGUCUCCAUGCUGGGACACCAGGGAUGUGAACAGCUCAGUGUCAUCCGGCCGACUGUCUGGUUCCUCAGGGGGGCAUGAAUCAUGUGCACUUUUCCAUGGGCCCUGGAAAGAAAGGCCACCCCUGGUGUUGGGGCCCCAGCGUCAGCCCAGGAAGAGUAACCCUCGUCUGGAGCAGUUGAGGGACAAGAUCCGAGCCCAGGCACAGAGGCAGGCUAGCUGUGCCUCCCUGGGCACCUCAGUCCCAUCUAGUGCCUCAUGCAUCUCCAAGACCUCCUCGACUGUGCUACAGCGGAAGAACCCCAAGGGUACAGACGCUCCUCCAGUGCCUACUUGCCCAGAGUCAGGCAUUCUUCGUGCCAAUGGACACAGAAGCAAAGACAGGGUACCUCUCAGCCUGAGACGGGAGCUCUCAAGGACUCCCCAGCACCAUACUUCAGUUCCAAGGACAAACAUCAAAAGGAUCAGAAGUGGUUCUUACAAAAGAGAGAUCCCAAAGUCAUCUGUCCCCCGCAGACCUGCCAAAGGCAGAGGCUCUGGCAAGAAAGCAGGAGCUGUUGGGGACUCACCUGCCCACACCUGGUUGCCUAAGCCUACCCGUGCCCACCAUGACCAGCAGGUUUCUGAGCACACACCCAGCCUGGCUAUCCAUGAUCAGUCCGCAACUAUCCAAGGCGCCAUGGAGAUCCUCCAAGACCUGCGCCGGCAAAUCCAGGCUGGUCUGGAGCUUGCCAGGCGGCCCAGGAAGCUCUUGUCAUCAAAGCCACAGAACCCGGCAGGGAAGAGGCAGCAGGGGCCCCAGAGUGCCUGGGACAUGCGGGGCUCCUUCUCAAAGAGUGCUUGGGAUGCGACAGAAGGGACAUCCUCUUCCUUGGAUAGGGCUAGAAACUUGUACAGCCAGCAACACAAGGAAGCAGUGGCUGAGCAGGAGUCUUGUCCACAGAGGGCCUGGACAGCACAGGGGCAAGACACCUCCUUCCAGGGGCCUGGAAGCACCCCAGAAAAGCCAAGUCCCUUCUCACAGCGGCCCUGGAGUGCCCUGGCUUGGCAGACCUGCCCACAGAGGGCCUGGGAAGCUCAGGGACAGGAUACCUCCUUCCAGAGGUCCGGGAGCCCUAUUAAAAAGCCAAGUCCCUUCUCCCAGCGGCCCUGGAGUGCCCUGGCUGGCCAGGCUUGUUCACAGAGGACUCACACAGCUUGCAAAGACUGGGAGGUGCCUGGGUCCAGUCCGUGGAGCUCUGUGGCUAGGCCACACCCCGCGCUCCAGCAGCCCUGGAGUAGUUCUCCUGUGCAGAGAUCCAGUCUCCACAGCGAGGACGAAUGUGUUGUCCCUCCUCUCUCAGAAGUCAAGCUAGCUUGGCCGGAGACUGCCCAGGGCUUCCCUCAGAGCAAACCAGCAAAGGAGCAGGACACGCGGGAGAGCCCACCCUGCCCGAGGCCACAGCGGUCUCUGGGCCAGCCACACAGCUCUGAGUCCUUGCGGGACUUCAUGCGUCAGAAGGCCCGGGCCCGUCGGCAGCAGGCCAUGGAGCAGAAGGCCUUGGCUGCACACGCGCUGGAGCUGCGGAACCAGAGGCUGCAGGAGGUGUAUCGGAAGCAGAGAGAGGCCAUCCUGGGCAAGGCCAUCCCUGUGGUCUCCCGGAGGAGCCCCGGCAUCGUCACCUUUGUUCCCAGCACCGUCCAGGCUGGGGGCCUGGAAGCCCCCGGAAGUCUGGGGUCACCACUGAGGAAGUGGAGCAAGGUGACAUCUGGCAUGGUGCUUGGGGACCGAGAGGCUCCAGACAGCUUCUGUCUGUGUUUGAACAAACCAUGGAACCGUGCUGACACCCAGGACAUUGGACACCCCCCAGAAGGCGUGAGUGGUGUCCCUCUGCUACCCUCAACUUCUUCCUCCCCUGACCCCAUGAAGCUCCAGGACCCACCCGGGGGGUUCUGCAUCUACCUGGAUCCCCAGGACACUGAGCACCUGGGCCCAUCGGGCCUCCUGCACUUUCAGUACAAGCAGGCCCGGCUGCAGGCACUGGAGACCAUGGCUGAUGUCCUCAAGCAGCGUAUUGACAUCCUAACCACCAAGCUGCACAAGUCGACGUUCCCGGACACAGCUGGAGACCUGGCUCCGGACAUGCUGCCCUUGGGCCCCAGCACAGCACCUGCCACCCCCACUCUGACCCCUCCCUCUUACCUCCGGAGCUUAGUGUCUGACGGGAGCAGAAGAACCCCCCAGGACUGGGUGGACAUGCAGGCCAAGCCCCUUCUCCCCAGCACCUACUUCCAGGAUGGUGAGAUGCUGCCGUGGAGUCCCAGCUGGGAGCCGCAGAGCUUGAACCUGGGGGCCCAUGUUGAGAACCAGCUCCAAGGUCCCGUGUGCAGCACCCCUGCCUCAGUGUCCCAGGUCAUCCCUCACACUCAGCCUUGCCUGGCGAGCUCAUCAAGUCACGGGGCCCUUUCCAAAGGUGUUAUAGAGGAGAGUCACCGGGCGCUGGAGAAGAGGCUGCAGAGGGAGAUGGCUACCCUCCAGACCCUCGGCGCCUGCAUGAGGAGCUCACUUGGGCUGCCAGCUGCACCAGACCCCGCCUGUGGCUCCCUUUGGCAGGAGGAGAUACCGGAAGCCAAAAAGGCAGGCUUGGUGACGCCCUGGACCAGCCAGAGCUGCGGUCAGCAGGAGCCCAAGGGGCCACAUUCUGAAGGCCUGCAUGGAGGGCACCUGACCAGUUUCCAGCUGAAAUCUUUGAGCUUUCUCGAGUCACUGAAGCUGGACCAGCAGAAGCAGGACCAGGCACUGGCCCUUCUGCGGCAGCGGGCAGAGCAGGAGGUAUGGGAGACGCAGAUGGCACUGGAUGAACUUCUCUUCAAACACCAGCUGAAGCAGCGGAUGGAGAAACCCUCAGCCCAGGAAAGGCCAGCAAAGGCCACAAAGCUGGAACAGCAGCAGAUGUGUGGUGGCCUAGAGCCAAGCACACUCUCUUUCAACACAGUGACAACCAGAUCCAGAUCACCACCCUCCCCACACAGAGACAACACCGGGUCCUCGAAGCAUCCUGAGGAAGCAAGGGCAGUUUCUGCAGGACUCAACCACGGCCUGCUUUCUCUCUCGGAGUUGAAGCCCGUGCAGCAGGACCCAGCUCCCACUCAGCGGGCUCUAGCCAAGCUCUGCCUUUCAGAUAGACCCACCUACAAGUGGAGCACAGGGAGACCAGAGCCAGGGACAGAAAAGUCCAGAACCUUCCACCGCUUCACUAUUGCAAUGCUGGAGCAGAGUCUGAGAGAUGAAGAGCUGCGUGCGCAGCACCAGGCUGCAGUGCUGCGGCUGCGUGAGCUGGUGCUGGAGGAAAAAGCCCGUGCGGAGCUGACCUGCCUGGAGCAUCAGAUAGGGUGUCUGGGGAUUGUAGGGCGUGAGGCAUCACAGACCACUCUGCGGGAAAAGCAGCGACAAGCUCUCAGCAGGCUUGAGAAGGAGCGGAGGGAAAUCCAGUACCUGAAGAAGGUGUACUUGUCCCUGCACCACGGCCGGAAGCAGCUCCUGCAGCAUCAGCAGUCCAUCCUCGAUGUGCAGAGGUCCGUGGCCCACUUGCGGCAGGAGCUCCAGGCUCGAACCAAGCUGCUGCAGAGUUCCAGCCCCAGCAUCAAGGUCGCCUGGGAGGGGGUCUGCGACACAAGUCAGAAGACAGAGGGACAUAGACCUGGAAGCCCCCAAAGCCACCACCCCAAGGAAAUCUCUGAGAGCUCAGAAGUGGUGAACCUCCCUGAGCAGAAGGAAGGGACACCUCCCCAGACGACUCCAGUUGCAGAUGAGCACCUGCAGCCUCGGAGGCUGCUGCAGCCUCGGAGGCUGAAGUGGGCAGAUGUGACUCCUGGGACUGGAAGCCCACCUGUGGAGCGUGGGCAUGGCAACCAAGGACCUGGAAAACAGCCUUACGUCUCUCCCCCUGGUCUGCUGCACUCGAGUUCUCUGGACCCUGAACAUCAGAAACCCCCAGCCUUUCCUAUCUUCAAGAAAGAUGGCAGCCUAGCCUCUCAGCUGAAGCCACAGGAGGCCAAGGAACCGCCUCCUCCAGGCGACCUACAGACCAAGCCCAGUGCAGCUUGGGCAGUGGAGAGACAGCCUACAGACAGCCAUGCUUGGAGCUUGCAUGGAGAGUGUGGGCAGUCCCUAAGUGGAGAUGGUCCUUGUCCUGAGGAAGCCAGAGUGGCUGAAAACAGAACAAAUCAAGGGCUAGGUGUUUCCAGAAGCCCCAAGGGCGAACACCAGGGAGAGACACAUUGGCAGUCAGAGCAGCAAAGGAGAGAAGCCUGUCAACAGGAGAACCCAGACAUCCCCUCCACCCGCCUGGAAGCUGACCAGAAGGCUGCUUCCCCAGCAGCUCCUGUGGCCAGUGAGGAGGAGGCACAGCCAGCCUGGCACCCCGACAGCCCUCCGUCCCAGCCUGCUGCCAUCUUGGACGUGUGUUCUGAGUCUGUUUCUAGUAGCUUCUCAGGGUCUUCAGAAGCCCCUGCCUUAUCCCUCACCCCUUCAGCGGGCUCAUCAAGCAGCCUUUCCUGUUCAUCUCUCCAGGAGUUUCAGAAGGCCACAGCCACCCUAGUCCAACUUUCUAACAGUUCCACAUCCCUGUCUAACUUGGAGGCUGAAGAUACUCUGCCUGCAGAUCCCCGUUGGUCUAGGGAGCUUUCUGCUCAUGAUUCCUGGGAGAAACCUGGUCUGCCUCCAUUCUGGGACCUCCACCAGGGACUUCCGCCGCUGGAGGGGCUUCCUGAGGAUGUAGGCCAAGUGACCCUGCAGAGACUAGAAGGCAGUGAGGCCAGACUCCUGAGUGACUUCUCUGAGGAGGCAGCUGUGGCAGGAGGCUCAGAGCCAGGGUACGACUUCACUCAGGCAGGCUGGCCAUUGUCGUUCCCACAUGCCCCUUCCCCAAGAUUGGGGUCCGAGUUGUCAGAGUCCUCCAGCCAAAUCUGGGAUGAGAACUUUGAGGACCCCAGCCCUUGUGUUGAGCCACCCUCAGGAUGCUCCUUGCCUGCAAAUGAUUCUUUGGACCUGGAAGGCCGUGGAGGGCUCUAUGUCACUCUUCCCUCCCCGGGGCCUGGGGAAGAACAAGAAGCUUCCAGAACCAGUAGGAACCUGACUGGUGCAUCAAAUACAGGGGAAACGAGGCAGAUGUCCCCAGUGGCCACUUUCACAGUGUUCCCACCCCAGAUCCCUUCUAUCAGUGACUCGACUCUGCCACUGUCCUUUCCUUUGGACACUUCCACCUCUGGAAGGGCAGGUCUCAGCAAAGCAAAGAUGCCUACUGAGGCCUCAGCUGGCUACCAGGGGGAACCCCCGGAUGCUGAUACUAAUCCAUCCAUACAGAGGAAGUCCCUACAGGCCUUGCCUGAUCCUAAGGCUGCCGUGACCCUGAAUGCUCCUUCUGAGGACAGAGCCCCCCUUGUCACAGAGGUAGCCAGUCCGUCAUAUGUAGAUGGAGUCCUGACUGAAAUACUGUCUCCUGUGGAUGAGGAACUAUCUUACGACAGUGGGGACCUUCCAUCCUCCAUCCACAGGGACACUCGCCUCCCUCCACCACCUCCUUCUCCCCAAGCAAAGAGUGACAUCAAUGAGCCCAACCCCAGCUCAGAAGACUUCCCUUCCCCGCCUGAGGAGGCCAUGUUUCCAGGUGACUCACUGGACACCCUAGGGGAGGAUAUGUCCGUUACUGUUGAAGACAUGUCCUCCUUAUCUGAGGAGGCUCUGGAGGAAGCCCUUUCCCUGGGGCCCCAGAAGUCAGGGCACUGCCUAGGAGCAUCUGGGCAAGAUGGAAGCCUGAAUGACUCAAGUUCAACAUCUCCCUUGAGUAACUGGGUAGUCAGUGCCCCUGAGACAUCCCCAAGACUGCCAGCUCAGCCCCUGAGUCCAUCCCCAGUGGCUUGUGUGACCAGAAAGAAUCUUGAGGAGGCCUCGGGCAGUCAAGGUGGACCUUGGGAAGCAGCACCGUGCUUCAAGAGUGCAGAGCACCAGCUAGGUACAGAACACCUUUUAGACAGAAGAGCAGCCACAUCCUCACCCUCCUGGUCUGCACCCUCUGAAAGCCCACCCCCGGGCCCAGUGCCCUCAGUGGCCAGUGGCCAGGCUGAAUCCUCCAAGCACACUAGUAAGAAGGAGAGGGAAGGCCAGAGCUGCUGGACAGAGGGCCAGCCCAAGCUCCAGGAUUUGUUGGACAGACAGGAGCUCUGUAGGAGAGACUCGGCGUUUGACCCUGCCUCUGGGACCUGUGUGGAUCUUCCAGGGACAGGAGAUGCUGGGCCAGUGGAUGUGGUGUCCACCCAGCUCAGCAGGAGGAUCUUGUGUGACUCUCUGGCUGCACUUUCAGGGUUGGCCCCUGGAGACAACCCCUAGGGGUGUGCUCCGAAAUGAUAGGAACGCAUAGACAUCUGACAUGUGACUCUGUGUGUGUGUUAUCUGUGUGUCUGUCUGUUUGUGCCUGUGCGUCUCUCUGUCUGUCUGUAUACACAAGAACCUGAUUUGAGGGACCUGGUCUUCCCAUUGUCAUACAGAAUGUUCACACUGCACCAGGCUGGCAGGAUAGUUAUCUGAAACAAACAAUAGUCAUGAGAUUCUCUCAUGCCCAGAGUAUCCCAGCUUCUAUCAGGCUCUCAAAGGGUCCAAACCUCAGUGAUUGAGGCAUGCACAGCAAAGGCUAUGUAGGAUGGUGUCCAGUGGCUGCCCAAGGAAAGCGCAGGAGGUCAGAGGCUCCAGCUAGAACAAGGUAGUGUGGGAGUCAUUGAUGCCAAGGGGAAAAGUAGUGUUGGAGGCCACCAAGCAGAGAAGUGAUCAGAGUACAUGGAGGAUCUGUCCUGGGCUUUGUCUCAGCCUGUAAAUACCCAAUGUUCACCUACCUUUAACGUGUGUGUGUGUGUUUGUGUGUGUGUGUGCGCGCGCGCGCAUGUGUGCAUGUGCUCUUGGAUUCCCAGAAGAGGGUGUCACAGCUGGAGUUAAGGUGGUUGAGAGCCAUCUGAUAUGGGUGCUGGGAAUUGAACUUAGGUCCUCUGG